UACAAUUUGUCCUAUUUUAAUAUCCAGGUCUACAUGAUACACUAUGGCCCUGAUGUUUUCAAGGUAAUGAAAUCUCUUAUGCAAAUGUUACAUGUAAGGAAAGUCUGCCAUCCCAGUGUCUCCACCUCUUUAUUUAUCACAACAAUCACUUGAAUGUGCAAUGAGCUGAAGCUGUGUCUCAAGUGUUUUGAUAAGACAUUGAUAAUGACUGGGCUGGGGAGCUGCCUGCAUGUAUAUAAGGUGCUCAGCAAACAGGACUCAAACAUUCAGCUCUUCACAAGAGUCAGUGCAUCUAGCAAUCAUGACUGCUCCACAAAAAUCACUCUUAUUUUUGCUUUGCCUUCUUGGCUUCAGUAAGGCAUUUGACAUUGGAUUAUCCACCAAGUGUGUCUCUAUACCCAAAGAGAUGGGCAUGUGCCAUGACAUAGGCUAUUCAGAGAUGAGGCUCCCCAACUUGAUGGGACACACAAGCAUGGCAGAGGUUGUGCCAAAGUCAGCAGAGUGGCAAAACCUGCUGCAGACAGGCUGUCACCCGUUUGCCAGGACUUUCUUCUGCUCCCUUUUUGCACCUGUCUGUAUGGAUACGUUCAUCCAGCCAUGUCGCAGCAUGUGCAUUGCUGUCAGAGAUAGCUGUGCCCCUGUCCUAGCCUGCCAUGGGCAUUCCUGGCCUGAAAGUUUAAACUGUGACCGAUUUCCUGCUGGAGAGGACAUGUGUCUGGCUACACUGAGCAAUGAAUAUCAAUAUAUUUACAAAGAACUGCCAAAGCCAACUUGCCAGGGCUGUCCAUUAAUUGAAGAAUUCUUUUCAUACAAGACUGUACUGGAUGCCUUCUGCGACAACAACUUUGCUAUUAAAGUAAAAUUGGCAAAAAGAAGGUCCUCAUCUGGGCUCCAUGAAUAUGGAACAGAAGGCCAAGUUGAGUUUAUCAAUCAAGGUCUGCUCCUUCCUUAUGAUACACGAAACAUGAUUGAACAGUGGCUUCUAAUAAAUGAGAAUUGUGCUCACAGGCUUGUCCGUAACAACAGAUCAAUGGUUUAUAUCAUCGCUGGAGAUAUUCACCAUGGUAAAGUUGUAAUCAACAGGAUCUUCCACUGGCAAAAGAAGGACUCUCAGUUAACAUUGGCCACAAGGAAAUGGAGACACCAUAAAUGCGAAUAGAACUCUUAGUACUUAUUAUCUGUAAAUACUCAAGGCACUAUUUCUAAAAGAAGCAUAUGUAAAUAGAUAUAUAUUGUAAAUGUAAAGACUUAUUAUAACAGGUGGCUGGAAGGUCUGGCCAAUGUGGCUAUGUACAAAAUAUUUCCACCGUUCUAUAUGAGAUUUUAGCAAUUACUAUAUGAGAUGUAUAAAUUGUGAAAAUGUAACUAUAAAAUUAUAAUAUUUAUCAUUA